GUUAUUUUUUAUGGGAAAGUCUACUUGGUUGAACACAAAGCCUGGACGAAACGUGGACUUUUGUAGCGCACUGUAAUGAGGAAGUAACGUGAAGUAACGUGAAGUAACGGCAAACAGUACAGAUUGUAGCCAUUUGAACCGUCAACAUCACACCUUAACUGAAGAUUCUUUCGAAGAUUCUUUACUGAAGAUACUUUUGUUUAACACAUGCAAGCAAGGGGAUGAAGAGAGAAGUGAGUGCUGCUGUAAACUUCCUGAAGCGCUUGGCCUUGGAGCGAGGACAUGUUGAUGAAUGCAAGGCCAACGUGUUCGCCGCUAAACUACAAGAAUUGUUGUGUGAGAAAUACACAAACCACUGGUACCCGGAAAAUCCUGACAAAGGACAGGCAUACAGGUGCAUAAGAAUAAACAAGAGCACGCCUUGCUACAGCGAUGGCUCCUUGCUACAAGCCUGUGAGGAAAGCAAGCUAAGGCCAUCAGAACUGUGUCUUCCCCGUGAAAUCACAUUAUGGAUUGACCCAUUUGAGGUGUCAGCACGGUCAGGUGAAAAUUGCAGACAUUUCAUAGUGGCUCGCUUCAGUGAGGAAGAAGGGGAGGAGGGGCUAGAAGAGAAGGAGUCUGGCUUGCAUCAAGAAAGCUCAGAUUCGGUGAAUGUGGAGACAUCAGACUACCACUCGGCAACUUCUGACUGUGGCUCGGAUGAUUCCAGUGAUGCAGAGGAGGAGAUAAAGGAAGGAGAGGUGGGGAGCGUGAAAGAGAAAGUGAAAGAUGAAAAAGUGGGGGACGACAAGCCUCUUGUAAUUGCUAUGAAGCCCAGGAUGAGGGAGCCAAAGCCACGGAAGGUUCCUACAACUCAGCUCCCGGGACUUCAAUACUUGUACCACCCAACACCAGUGUGGACUCAGUAUAAAAAGAAGCGUCCUGUAUUCCUCACACCUGUGUGCACCGCCCCACCUGCUCCUCUUCUGGGCUACUACGUUUUCCAGAACCCUCCACCACAGUUCAUCAUGCCGCAUGCCAGUCUGCAGCCCUGGGGAGUUGCCAAAGGGUAGAAGGCACCAGGAAAGAUGAGAAGAUGGUAUGACCUGGUUAAACUUUGUUCCACUUGAUUUGGUGUUACCCCUCAUGUUUUUUUUCCAAUAUUACAAAUUAAUAUAGUAGUAAUAGAAGAAUUUGAAAUACCAAUAUGUAAUUUAUCUUUUUGUUAUAAAUAAUAUAACUAGAAAUAUUAAGAGAAGCUGUUCACACAGAAGCACAUGUGCAAAUAGAAGAUUGUGACCUUUUGAUUUCUAUUUUUUACAAACAUGUACGCAUGUGCACUUUUUAUCAGUGUAUGUUCUAGUUAUAUGUUACUUUUUAGAUCUGAUCUGGUUGUAGACUCUAUAAUACAGAUGCCCAAAACAUGUAUACACACUUCAACAGUUGUAAUCCUUGCCCUAGCCCAAAGUGCAUGUAGUAUUAUGUUUCCUCUAAAGAUGUCAGUAGGGACAUCAUCGUUGACUUUAUCAUGUGAUCAUCAGAAGAGUGGAGUCAAUCAUGAUGCACUGCCUGACAUCUUCAGAGGAAACAUAAUACUACACAUUGCUGCCAUAAUUCAAUUUGAGUUUUAAAAAAGUGCAUAGAUAACUAUUAAAGUGUGUAUACAGUACAUUUUGGGCCCCUUUAUAUAAAUUAGAUACAUUAUAAGUGUGGUUUAAUAUUGUUUAGUGAACUUUCGAACUGCAUUAUUUUGCCUCAAACAAAACAUAUGAUUUGGUAUGACGAUAAAAUACUGAGAGGUUUUUAAACGAUUUACGAGAAGAGAACGGUCAUAUAUGAAAAUAAUGACAUGAUGUAUAGUAGUAGUAGGAGCAUUCUUUAAAUUUCAUAUGAUCCAAACUGAAUUAAUGACUAAACCAAGCAAUGCUAUUUAUAUGUGUAUUUGCAGCCUAAUCCUUUUAAUCAGGGACCACAUUACAUGGUGCAUAAAUCAUAAUAAUCAUAAUGAUGAUAAUGUAAUGCAACUGUGCAGAGAAUGAGGAUAUUUUCAUUUGCUUAUGAAACUGUCAAAAUAUUCAUUUUAGUAUGAAGUUUAAUAUACAUUACCUGUUGGGGCAUUAAUGACCAAAACAUAACUAGAUAUAUAAAAAAAAAAAAAAUGAAUUUAUAUAAAAUAAAAUAAAAAGAAAUUCACAAAUUAAAUGCUCUCUCAGGUAUGUCAGUCUAUUGCUUUUAUCCUUUUAUAUGCUUUAAUUCACGCACAUGCAUCGAAUCCAAAGAGUGCCAGUUAGGGUGCACUAUAAAUACUGUGACCUUUGUGCAAUACAUGUAAUGUUGUAGCUCACACUUCACUGUGACUAGGUAUUUCUCAGGAUACUGAAUAAACUGAAUAAACAUAGACCGUUAUGUAAAUGAGUCACAGAAAUCCUUUAUAAUGGUGACUGUAGAAACACUGCAGUGGUUCUUGUGUUACUUUUCUGUCAUUCCCUUUAGAGCUGGUAGAUUUUGCUGUGUGUUGCCAAAAGCAGUAUUUAUUGUGCCUUGCUUAGAACUUCAUUAUUGUAAGUGUCAGCUUUUUACAGCAACAUUUUUAUAAGAUUGGGCUUUUGUACAGUGCAGAACAUUUCUUAGCUUUGUAAGUCAGCCAUGAUUUAAAUAAUUAAGUCAAUAUAUUAUAAAACAUGUUUUUACAAUUAAUUAAUAAUAAUUUUAGUCUGAUGCUGCAAAUUAUUAUUGUAAAUAGCUGUGUACACUGGAAUUUUUAACUUUAAGUUAAGUGACCCUGCAUUUUGUUUUGUAAUUUUUAUUUGUCUUUUACUAUAAGCCUAUUUAUUCCUGUUUAUUAUUCUCUUUAACUACAAGGUAUGUUAAGUCAUGCAAAGCCUGUAAAUGUUUUUUAUGC